CGUGAUAAUAAAUGAAUGGAGGCUAGAUAACAAUUGCUUUGUUGGGUUGGCUGAAUAAAUUCGCAAGGUUUGAGUCACAUUACUCAAUGUGAGUUGUAAGUGAAAGAAAGUUUUUACAAUUAUGAAGGAGUUUUUAUUAUCCUGGACGAUAGUGACCGUUGUGGUCCUAGUAAAUGGUCAGGCAGAUCCUUGUGCGGUAAGAUGUAACCAGAACGUAAAGGCACCCGUUUGCGGAUACAACGGAAUGGACUACAAAAUUUUCCAAAACGCAUGUCUUAUGUUAACAGAAAAUUGUGGAGCUGCGAAUGAAUGGCAAGAGACCAAAAUGAGCCAGUGUUACAAACGAUCCGUUAAAAGUGAGAAACGAUGUAACUUCAAUUGCAGUACCGAACGACAUCCCAUUUGUGGUUCUCUUGGGGAUCAUUACCAGCUUUUUGAUAAUGAAUGUCUGCUCAGAGAACAAAAGUGCCGAGACAGAGGAUUGUGGAUUCAACAUCCAAAGAGCCACUGCGAUCUCAUGGCUGAAGAGAGUAAAAGAUCAGUUGAAGAAUGCCCCAGAAUUUGCCCCAUGAAUUAUCAACCUAUUUGCGCGACAGAUGGAAGGACUAAUAAAAUUUUCAGCAAUCAGUGUGAAAUGAAUGUAGCUAAUUGCAAUGAAAACAAAAAAUGGUUGAGAGCACGAUCCAAUGCUGCAUGUGGUGGACAAGAAGGCAUGUUCGGUGUCGUUCAGGUGGGUGACAAUAGGGAACAAGAGGAUGAUUCUUGUCCAGAAAGGUGUGAAUAUGAAGCUUCAUAUGUGUGUGGCUUCAACGGUGAACAAUAUCGUAUUUUUGGCAAUAAUUGUACUUUCAAAUUGGUUGCAUGUAGGAGUAAGGAAAACUGGACCCUGAAGCCGCUGUCCGAAUGUGAUGGGAAGGACGAUUGGUAUUUCCCACUAUUAAAUGAUCCAUAAUCAAAUAGUUACUUUCAAUAACUACAAAAAUCAAUUUUUAAAAAUAUUUGGAAAAUAAUAAAGAUUUCCAAAAUGUUUAAGCAAAUGAA